AUGACUAGAAAGAAGGUGAAGCUUGCUUUCAUUGAGAAUAAUACUGCAAGGAAAACAACUUACAAUAAAAGGAAGAAGGGUUUAUUGAAAAAGGUCGAUGAAAUAUCAACCCUUUGCGGUAUCGAUGCUUGUGCGAUAGUUUAUGGCCCAUACGAUCCUCAACCUGAGAUCUGGCCAUCUCCGUCGGGAGUUGAAAAGGUGCUUACGAAAUUCAAGGCAGUGCCUGAAUUUGAUCAAAGCAGAAGAAUGGUGGAUCAAGAGAGUUUUCUGAAACAAAGAAUUGGGAAGGCUGAAAAGCAACUUAAAAGGCAAUGGGCAGAUAACAAAGAGAAAGAGACAACCAUGCUGAUGUUUCAGUGUCUCAAUGCUGGGAAUGUCGAGCAGAACGAUAUGUCGAUGGAUGUUUUGAAAGAUCUUUCUUGCAUCAUUGAUCAUAAUUUGAGGAAGAUUGGUAGAAGGAUUGAAUCAGGUGAUAGUGAAAAUGUUAUUCAUCAGAAUAAAAGUGAAAGUCAAGUCAUGGCUGCUCAAAGCCAAGUCCAAUAG